CUUCUUAAUUCUUUUCUUCCUUGGAUUUUGGAGUCUGCCCUGCCCUGCCCUGCUGAUUCUGCGAUUAAUUAGCCAUGGAAAGCAGAUUAAGUUGGCCGUACUUUGACCCCGAUUUCGAUUCCCUGGUCGAUAGGAUCGAACCCCGGGUCUGCAUUGACAACGAGACAUGCGAGACUUGCACUCUCGUCAAGGUGGACAGCGCCAACAGGCACGGAAUACUCCUGGAGAUGGUGCAACUUCUCACAGAUCUCGACCUCGUCAUCUUCAAGUCCUACAUCUCGUCCGACGGCGGAUGGCUCAUGGAUGUCUUCCACGUCGCAGACCUGCUCGGCAACAAACUAACAGAUCCCGUCCUUAUUCAUUACGUCCAACAGGCGCUGGGGAGAGGGCAAAGAGGGAGAGGUCGGGGCACGAGCGAAGUGACGACGUGCCUCGGGAAGCUGGUUGGUUCGGCGCACCUGGCUUGUGAUUACGCCGCCGUCGAGGUCACCUCCACCGACCGGCCCGGCCUCCUCUCGGAGAUCGCGGCUGUCCUAACCGAGCUCGGUUGCCAGGUGCUCUGCGCGCAGGCGUGGACCCACAAUUCCAUAGCCGCCAUUGUCCUCUACCUGCUCGACGGGUCCACCCGCGCUCCCAUCACUGAAGCCGACCGCCUCGCCAACAUCGAGCGCCAGGUCAACAUCGUGGUCGAGGCUCACCACGUACCAGGUCACCGGAGGUGGGUGAAGGCGGGCGGCCCGACGCCCGGCCGCGUGCACACGGAGCGGCGACUACAUCAGCUGUUGUACGAGGCGGGAGACUACGAGGCCGGGCCGCCUCCGCCGCCUGUGGACGCCAACUUGGAAGCCUUCAGGGGGCAAAAUCUCCCGCUUUGGGCGUCCUCUGCGACGGCGAUGACAAAGACGCGGGUGUCCAUCGAUAGCUGGAAGGAGAGAGGGUACUCUGUUGUCAACAUCCAGAGCAGGGACCGCCCCAAGCUCCUUUUCGACACAGUGUGCACGAUGACGGACAUGGAUUACGCGGUGUUCCAUGCAACCAUGGGGUCUCACGGACCCCUCGCCGUGCAGGAAUACUACAUCCAAGACAUGUAUGGCUGCACUUUGGAAUGCGAGAUGGAGAAGCAAAAGAUCACACGUUGCUUGGCGGCCGCUGUAGAACGUAGAGUGUCUCAUGGGUUGCGGCUGGAGAUCAGCGGAAGGGACCGGCCAGGUCUGCUCUCCGACAUCACCAGAGUGCUGCGGGAGAACAGCGUGUCGUUGACGAGGGCAGAAUGCGCGACUCGCGGGGAGAGAGCGACGAUGACGUUAUACGUAACGACGGCGUCAGGCGUCGGCGAUGUGGACACCAAGCGGGUGGUCGCAUCGGUGGAGGAGGAGCUCGGGGAGGGCAUUAAGGUGGCGGUGAUCAGCGGCGCGCUGGCCGCCCUGAACAGAAGCAGCAGCAACAACGAUGUGAAGUCGGCGAGGAUAACGACAGCGGGUGGAGGCGCCGCGAGGAGCAAGAGCACGACGUCGGUGACGGCGUCGUUUGGGAGCCUGCUCUGGUCUCAUAUCGAGCGGUUGUCGAACAACUUCGGAUCAAUCAGUUCAUGA